CAGCGAGAGCGCGAGAGAGCGAGAGAGCGAGAGAGCGAGAGAAGAGAGAGCGAGAGAGAGAGAGAGCGCGCGCGAGAGAGAGAGCGC